AUGUUGGUCUUGCUGCAAAACGCGAUCAUCUACAACCCAUAUCUUCCGCCGAAUGCGCGAAAAAUGAAGAUAUCCGACUACGCUCGCUAUUAUCACGGCAUACAGUGGCGGGAAGAAAGAAUAAAGUCCCUAGACGGCACAGAGAUAUCACUCUGUGUAAGUCAUGUUGGAUCUGGAGACGUAUAUACUCAGAAGAAGGCUAAAUGUACAUCUGGAGAUGCCGCCAAUGCGACGAAAACAGCAGUGUACAUAUUGUAUUUUCAGGGCAAUGCAUCUUCUCUCCCUCCGCGGUUGCCAGAUAUCUCAAGCGUUUUGGACCAGCUACAUCAGGAAGAUGAUGCGUUCCACUACACCACAAUAGGUGUCAGCUACCGUGGAUACUGGACAUCUCAUGAUCGACCCUCUGAGAAAGGCAUCAACAAGGAUGCCAUCGCAGCUUUGCACUGGUUAUCUGACCAGCAUCGCCGCAACUCUGAGCAAGCCGAACAACGGAGACCGAUUGUCGCUCUCUGGGGACAGAGCAUAGGGUGUGGCUUUGCGACAAAUUUAGCUGCGUCAGAAGCUUCCUCGGCGAGGAAUCUGCCCAUUGACGCUCUGGUGCUGGAGACACCAUUCACAAAUACACGCGAUAUGCUUACGAGUUUGUACCCCCAAAAGUGGCUACCGUAUAAAUACCUGUGGCCAUUCCUCAGGAGCCAUUUGGAUAGUCUCCAGAACUUGGAAUCGAUUGGAAAGAGGCAUACCGGGACGCAACAACUCGAAGUGUAUGUAAUUGAGGCAGGAAAAGACGAACUGGUACCACCGGAUCAUGGGAAGAGGCUUCAACGGCAAUGCGAAGACGCUGGUCUUCCGGUGCAACGUCAAACAGUUCGUUCGGCUCUUCACAAUGAAGUCAUGGUACGCCCAGAAGGCAGACAGGCUGUUGCAAGAUCCAUAUUGUCAGCAGUGCGGAAAGCUGCGACCAAGGCACAGUAG